UUUGCAAACGCAGCUGCGCAUCCAGGCCCGGACCCUCGCUGCCGGAAUUCCCGUGCGCCCUCGACAGUUCCUCGCCGCGCCUCCCGGCCGCUCCCCGUUCCUCUCCUCACCGCUCCCAAUGGGUUUCAGGGCCAGAGGCUGGCGGCCCCCUCUGCCGCCGCUGCUCCUACUGCUGCUCUGGGUGACUGGGCAGGCGGCUCCCGUGGCGGGCCUGGGCCUGGGCCCGGACACGGAGCUGCAGAUUGAGCGGCGCUUCGUGCCAGACGAGUGCCCGCGCACUGUGCGCAGCGGCGACUUCGUGCGCUACCACUACGUGGGCACCUUCCCCGAUGGCCAGAAGUUCGACUCCAGCUACGACAGAGAUUCCACCUUCAACGUGUUUGUGGGUAAAGGACAGCUGAUUGCAGGGAUGGACCAAGCGCUGGUCGGGAUGUGUGUAAAUGAGAGGCGUUUCGUGAAGAUUCCCCCAAAACUCGCCUAUGGAAGUGAUGGCGUUUCUGGUGUGAUUCCCCCAGAUUCAGUGCUUCAUUUUGAUGUUCUUUUGAUGGAUAUUUGGAAUUCUGAAGACCAAGUUGAGAUUCACACUUAUUUCAAGCCCCCUAGUUGCCCACGGACCACCCAGGUGUCCGAUUUUGUAAGGUACCACUACAAUGGAACGUUCUUGGAUGGGACACUGUUUGAUUCUAGUCACAAUCGCAUGAAAACUUACGACACAUACGUGGGCAUUGGCUGGCUGAUUCCUGGAAUGGACAAGGGGCUGCUGGGGAUGUGUGUGGGAGAGAAGCGCAUCAUCACCAUUCCCCCUUUUCUGGCCUAUGGGGAACAUGGAGACGGGAAAGAUAUUCCUGGCCAGGCAUCUCUGGUCUUUGAUGUUGCAUUGUUGGACCUCCAUAACCCCAAGGAUGGCAUUUCCAUUGAGAAUAAGAUAGUGCCUGAAAACUGUGAACGGAGAAGUCAAAGCGGGGACUUUCUCAGGUAUCAUUACAAUGGCACACUUCUGGAUGGCACCUUUUUUGAUUCCAGCUACGCACGGAACCGCACCUUUGACACAUACAUCGGGCAGGGCUAUGUGAUUCCUGGGAUGGACGAAGGUUUACUUGGUGUUUGCAUUGGAGAGAAGCGGAGGAUUGUGGUCCCCCCUCACUUGGGGUACGGAGAGGAGGGAAGAGGGAACAUCCCUGGCUCAGCUGUGCUGGUGUUUGACAUCCACGUGAUUGACUUCCACAACCCCUCGGACUCUAUCAGCAUCACCUCCCACUACAAGCCCUCCGACUGCUCAGUGCUGAGUAAGAAAGGGGAUUACCUCAAGUACCAUUACAACGCCUCCCUUCUGGAUGGCACACUGCUGGAUUCCACGUGGAAUUUAGGCAAAACGUAUAAUAUCGUUUUGGGGUCUGGACAGGUCGUGCUGGGCAUGGAUAUGGCUCUUAGAGAGAUGUGUGUUGGAGAGAAACGAACAGUGGUCAUCCCGCCCCACUUGGGCUACGGAGAGGCUGGUGUAGAUGGAGAAGUGCCGGGCAGUGCCGUGCUGGUGUUUGACAUUGAGCUGCUGGAGCUGGUGGCCGGCCUGCCUGAAGGGUACAUGUUCAUAUGGAAUGACGAAGUGUCCCCUAAUCUCUUUGAAGAAAUUGACAAGGAUGGCAAUGGAGAGGUCUUCCUUGAAGAGUUCUCGGAAUACAUUCAUGCCCAGGUGGCAUCUGGUAAAGGAAAACUGGCACCUGGCUUUGAUGCUGACAUGAUUGUGAAGAAUAUGUUCACCAACCAGGACCGGAAUGGAGAUGGGAAGGUCACAGCAGAGGAAUUUAAACUAAAAGACCAGGAGACCAAACACGAUGAACUCUAAGCUCGGCACGGGCCAGUGGUGCCAGGGAGAGCGUGACAUCAAGCCACCUGU